GAGAGUCAGGGAAAAAGAGGUAGACUAAAAGAGGGAUAGGGAAAGAGAAGGAGAGGGAGAGAGAGCGAGAGAGGGAGGGAGAAAGAGAGAGCUGAAGCAGCAUCAUUUUAACCCUUUCUGCAAGGAAUGUCAAGCGCAGAUGGUAAAAAUUUGCCUCUCGCACAUCAGGAAAGGACAGCCAUCUCACCAGUCGCGUCUGCGUCAAACAAAGAACUGUUUUUCCCACAAGGACUUUCUUCAGCAGAGAAAGGGCAGAGAGAGGGUGGUCUUCACAGGAUAAUGCACUUUCAGCACACGCACUGAGGAGCUGAUGAGCUGCGCUCGGGAGCUUUAAAUCAGCUGUGUAGGUGCUUUUUGGGAAGAGCCCCCAACUUUAUGCGCUAGACAUGUUUGGAUACCGUAUAUAAAUACAAACAGAACGGAAUUCGCCGCUCCUGGACCUUCACGGGUAAUUUCUUCAUUAGAAGCCAUGGCAGCGAGUCAUGCCUUCCUCGUCCUCCUCUGUCUGAUUGCCUGUAGCACUUCUGAGGGUACUGCUCAGGAGGAAAUCCCACCUCCUCCUCGUGGCUGUGGCUCCAGCAUCGCACCCGCCUACCGGGUCCUGUGUGAUUUAGAGUCAGUGUGGGGUGUGGUGGUGGUAGCGGUGGCCUGCGGAGGUGCUGUUACAGCCAUCAUUCUAGCCACGCUGCUCCUGGCUAAGCUAAAAAUGGUCACGGAGCAGGAGCGCCGCUGUGGCGUGGGGCCUCUUCUCCUGCUGUUGCUGGGUGUCGUGUGCCUCUUUGGCCUUUCCCCAGCUUUUCUAGUUGGCCGAGGUGAGGUGCUGUGCGUGGCCCGUCGCAGCCUGUGGGGGUCGCUGUUUGCACUAUGUUUCUCCUGCCUCUUGGUCCAGGGGGUACGACUACGACGGCUGGCAGCCGGGAAGCGGAGCCCUGCAGGGAGUUCCCUUUCCUUACUGGCGCUGGGGCUCACAAUGGUGCAAGGCAUGCUGGCUGGCGAGUGGCUGCUGCUCACGGUGGCACGUGAGGGCCGGGCUGCGUGCGACUACCUGCCCUUGGACUUCACACUGGCAGGGAGCUAUGCGUUAGGCCUGCUGCUGGCCGCCACGGGGCUUUCACUCACUGUGGUGCUUUGCGGUGGAAGGGGCAGCGAGGACGCAAGCAAGAGACGGAGGCGUAAAUGGAGGUGCAACGGCGUGUGGCUCUUCCUCACCUGCCUCUCUUCCCUUCUUCUGUUGGUGGGCUGGCUCACGUUCUAUAUCUAUGGCAAUGCGGCCAUUUCGACCAGGGCGUUCCGUCUCCGAGGCAACAAGGUAACGGACUGGGACGAGCCCGCACUCGCCGUCGCCUUGGUGACGGUUGGCUGGGCACUGCUGUUGUUCCACGCUAUACCAGAAACGCACCUGUGCCUGAGGCCGGCUGCCGGUCAGAGGAGUGAGGAGGCGGGGCAGGAUUCCUACUACGAUGCACGCCAACCUCCCACAGCGACGCAGGGUUACCAUGAUGACGAGGCCCCGACAGCCAAUCACAGGGCAGCUUACGCGGAAAGGCAGGCAUUCACCGUGGAGGAGCAGCACACUGCAGCUAUACAGGCUGGGGGGUACCAUGCUGGUGUAAUCAGGCCCACGCCUGUACCUUUCCGCAGCCAUGUGUACCAGCCCACUGAGAUGGCCCUGCUCAUGAAUGGAGGAACGAUUCCCACUGCCCCCCCAAACUACACCGGAAGGCACUUGUGGUGAAACCAGACAGCUAUCUAAAAACACAGCUCACCUGUCACCUGGACAAAAGCACCUUAGACGAUGUCACAUAUUUGAAGGGUAUGGAAAGAUGGUCCCGUGGUGAAGUAAUAGUACUCUUCAAGCUGUGCCCAAGCUUUCGUGUAAUAUUGUAAUAAAUGACUUACCUGAACGUGAGUGGUGUUUUCAGUGUUGAUGAGGCGAUGAUUUUUGCACUGGUUCGUCAAAGUCACUUAUAGUCAGAGACAGACCAGAUGACUUUGAGGUAAAGGUACUGUAUUAUUAUCAGCUAGCCAGUAACGCCUGUCUUCUAUUACCUACUAGGCACUAUUUGAGAUACAUUUACCAAUAAUCCUUUAAAUAUUUGGGCUACAUUUACCAAUAAUUUAAUAACUUAAUAAUAAUAAUAAUAUUCAAUAAUAUUUUAAUAAUAAUUUAUAUUCUAAAGAAGAACUUCUUUUUUUCUCUUCUCAAACAUUUGUUUACUUAGGCAUUAUAUGGUGGAUUACUUAGCUAUUACUCACUUAUUAAUCCAGAGAUGGAGCCAGUCCAAAUUGUGAUGAACUUUUUCUUUCUCUUUUUUUUUUACCACCUUGAUGUUUUUUACCACCUUGAAUUUCAACAUCUCUUAAAUGCUUUUGUAAAUGGUAGUUUUGAUAAGAAGGUCUGACGUGAUGUUUUUAUUUAUUUAUGCUAAUCAGGGAUGUGUUUAUGUGCACUUUAAGACAUGAUGCUGUACUCCAUACCUUUGUUGAUUUUCUCUUCAAUCGUUUUCUCUUCUAAAUGAAUUUUCUAACAUACCGAAAGGCAAAGGAAUUCACAAAAAAGGCAUUUUGUAGCUAUUUUGUGAGUGCAGUACUGAGUAGCCUUUGUCGUGUUUUGAAUAAGCUGGCUAUUUUAAAUGGUGAGAGAAUGUAAGUAGCACUUUAACCAGACAUUAAUGUUUAUUGUCAGUGCUAUUGUGGAUAGUUUGAUGUCAACGGUGUAAAUUUUAUUUGCACGCUUUGCUAAUCGGCUUCACCUCCUCCUGGACACCCCCUUGGUUCGUGAAUUUGGACUGCUCCAAUGUUGCCUAACCUGAGGGGGGGGGGUGCUUUUGUGUGACAAAUAUUUAUCACUUUAGUGACAAAACAUGGUUUGAAUUUGUUGUACAAGUAACAUGCACAUUCAGAGAGUACAGUCGUGCUAAAUAAACGGUGCAAUUCACUUGU